GCCUGGUCCUGACCUCUGUCGCUGGGGGCCUUCCCGGGCCUGGCCUGGUUUGUGUUUCAGCAGUCAGAAAAGUUUGCAAAGGUGGAAAGUCAAUACCAACUAUUGAAAAUAGAAACCCACGAGUUCCAAGGACUUCAGAGUAAGAUCAGUUUAAUUUCAGAAAAGUGUCAGAAAUCUGAAGCUAUCAUGGAACAAUUGAAGUCUUUUCAAAUAAUUGAUCAUCUGCAGCGUCUACAUGAAGAAAUUUAUGAGGUAAAAACUUGGUCCAACAAGAUAAUUGAAAAACAGGAUAUACUGAACAACAAUUUGACAGCUCUUUCUCAAGACAUUACAAAAGUAAACCAAAGCACAACUUCCCUGGCAAAAGAUGUUGUUCUCAAGAUUACAACUGUAAAAACAGACAUACGACGUAUUUCAGGUUUAGUAACUGAUGUAGCAUCACUCUCAAAUUCUGUGCAAGAAUUAGAAAACAAAAUAGGAAAGGUAGAAAAACAUACAGUAAAAAACAUAGGUGAUCUUCUUUCAAGCAGCAUUGACCGAACAACAAUGCUUCGAAAGAUAGCAUCUGAAAAUUCACAAAGAAUUAACUCUGUGAAGAAGACACUCUCUGAGCUGAAGAGUGAUCUCAACAAGCACACUGAUUGGUUUCUAAGCUUAGAAAGGGACAGAGCCAGAGUUCUGAAGACAGUGACGUUUGCAAAUGAUCUGAAACCAAAGGUGUAUAAUCUAAAGAAGGACUUCUCCCGCUUAGAACCAUUGGUAAAUGACUUAACACUACGCAUUGGGAGACUGGUUACUGAUUUACAACAAAGAGAAAAAGAAAUUGCGUACUUAAAAGAGAAAAUAUCUAACUUAACAAUAGUCCAAGCUGAGAUUAAGGAUAUUAAAGAUGAAAUAACACACAUUUCAGAUAUGGGUUAGUUUGACAUUAUUGAUAUUUGACUGAAGUAACUUUUUUUUAAAAAUGGGACCUCUUAUGGAAAGACUGGUAAAUUAGAAAUAAUGAUAUUUUGGAGUAAUUACCAUUUUGUAUUUGAUUCUAUUUUGUACAGUAAAAAUGAAAUUUGUAAACAGGUUGAACACUUGAUUUUUUAAAAAUAAAUGUGCUAAAACCUA